AUGAAUUAAAAUUGCUACAAUGACGAGUCAGUUACAAUAUGGAGUGAUAAAACAGAUAUAUGUGAAGAAGCACAAACUGUUAAGAGGACAGAAAUUUAUUAAUAACGACUAAGCUUUUUAGUCAUUGAAACUUCAAAUGAUGAACUUUCUUAUAGAAAUCUUUUAAAAUUUAAAUGUGCAUUAGCUAAAAGGAUCAAGAAAGCUAGGACUUGA